CCGAGAGGUUCCCUUGGAACUGCCUGGUGGUCCCCGAAUGGAGAACGCCGUUGGAAUCGAUAGAAAACAGCUCAUAUAGGAGUGACUUGUUGGCUGUUAAUCAACUGUGGCUGCUCGCAGAGUCGCUUUUGGAGCUGUCUUGCAGGAUGGACAAUGGCAAUGGGAAGGAAGCUGCUGCGGUCACGUUGGACUCACGCGACUGCAGUUGUCUGCUUCACCUCUCCCCUCCUUUCCUUUCCUUUCCCUUUCUAUCUCCUAUACUCUAGCUAUCUCUUUCAAAGCUCACAGCUAGAGAAGUCAACAGUAGCCGGUGACAAUGGGAAUCACCCAAAGCAUGUUGCAUCGCUGCGUUCUAGCAGCUGUUGGUGGAAAUUCGAGUCUGACUGCCUUUCCAGGCGAUCCCUUCUAUCAUAUUUCCGCUGUGAGACCCUAUAACCUGAAUUUCCCGGUUACCCCUGCAGCGAUUGCGUCUCCUGUGACAAGAGACCAAGUUGCUGCUGUUAUCAAAUGCGCAGUGGAUGGUGGACACAAGGUCCAGGCAAGGAGUGGAGGCCAUAGCUAUGGGAACUACGGUCUCGGGGGUACAAACAAUGCCGUUGUUGUCGAUCUUCAACAUUUCCGGCAGUUCUCGCUGGAUAACUCGACCUAUGUCGCAACGAUUGGCCCUGGAUUGACGCUUGACGAUAUCUCAAAGCUUCUGCAUAACGAUGGACGAGCCAUAACACAUGGAACCUGUCCGCAAGUAGGCGUGGGUGGCCAUCUUACCAUUGGUGGGCUUGGCCCAACUUCACGCCAAUGGGGUCUGUCACUAGACCAUGUCGAGGAGGUUGAGGUCGUGCUGGCAAAUUCAAGCAUUGUCAGGGCUUCAGACACCGAAAACUCGGACCUUUUCUUUGCUGUCAAAGGCGCAGCCUCGAGUUUCGGGGUCGUCACGGAGUUCAAAGUCCGUACACAUCCGGAGCCAGAACAGGCUGUUCAGUAUUCCUUCACGUUCGAUUUCAGCAGUACCUCUGAGAGAGCACAGCUCUUCAAGGACUGGCAGACUUUUAUCUCUGACACCGAGCUCACCCGGAACUUCACGUCAUCGCUCGUCGCAUUUGAAGGGGGAGCAGUAAUCACAGGCAUAUUCUUUGGCAGCAAGGCAGAAUUCGACAAAUUUCGGAUACAACACUGCUUCCCCGGCCAGAAUCCCAGUUAUGAGAGUGUUGUCGUUCUUGACGAUUGGCUUGGUAUGCUUACCAGCGACGCUGAGGAUCUCAUCUUGAAAGCAAGUGGCGGCAUUCCGAAUUGGUUUUACGCCAAAUCACUGUCUUUCACGCCGCAAUCCCUGAUCCCCUCUUCUGUUGUUGAUGACCUGUUUCGUCAUUUUGCCUCAGCUGAUAAAGGGGGCGCAAUAUGGUUUGUGAUUUUUGAUCUCGAGGGAGGAGCGGUUAACGACCAUGCUGUGAACUCGACUGCCUACCCUCAUCGGAAUACCUUGUUCUGGAUGCAGUCCUAUGCAAUUAGCCCUCUACAUGGGACUUCAAAUCAGACAUUUGAUUUCCUCAAUGGAAUCUCCAACAUCAUUAGAUCUUCGUUGCCGGCAAAUGAUCUAGGUGCCUAUCCCGGAUACGUGGAUCCAUUUUUGGAUCAUGCUCAGACUGCAUACUGGGGGCCUAAUCUUCAGCGGCUUCAAGAAAUAAAGGCCAGUUUUGAUCCAAAAGAUUUGUUUCAUAACCCUCAAAGCGUGAAAGCUGGAAAUUGACCAAAGGAGCGGGGAGAGGCGUCGGGCGUUAACGACAUCAUUGCACGUGCAAUAUUUCUCUUUCCUUAAUGGAUAUGCAUAGAUCUUCCAUAUGCAUUUAGUUGAU